AUGGAUACAGCAGAUCAACUCAACAUGACUCAAGCGGAAGAGUCACAACUUGUUGUUAAAUCUUCCAACUGCUGCUCGACUACAGGCACAAUAAGUGAUGAGAACUUUUUAAAGCUGGACGACAGCACAAAGCUGGUUGGAGUUCAAGUGAUUCUCAUCCUUGCUUACAGCACAAUCAUAUUGUUCGGAGUCAUUGGAAACUCCUUGGUGAUAUACGUCGUCUUCAAGUUUAAAAAUCUACGGACUGUGACCAACUUCUUUAUUGUGAACUUAGCUGUGGCAGACUUGCUGGUGAACACGCUGUGUUUGCCUUUCACCCUCAUCUACACUCUCUAUGGUGAGUGGAAGUUUGGUCAGGUGCUGUGCUUCAUGCUGCCCUGCGCUCAAGGCAUGGCCGUGCACGUGUCCACCAUCACCUUGAACAUCAUCGCCCUGGACCGCCACAGGAGCAUCAUCUACCACACAGAGACCAAGAUGUCCAAAGACAUGUGCGCUGUGGUCAUUGUCAUCACGUGGGCCGUCAGCGCCCUGUUGGCCAGCCCGCUCGCCAUCUUCAGGGAGUACGGGACAUUUGAUCUUUCGCCGGAUGAAUCUAUUCAGGUGUGUACAGAGAAGUGGCCGGGAAGCAGCAUGAACGGAAGCAUCUACAGUAUAUCGAUGCUUCUGGUUCAAUAUGGCUUACCCCUGGCUAUUAACUCUGUUGCUUACAUCCGCAUCUGGAAUAAACUGAAGAAUCACAUGACUCACGGAGGUCGAAAUGACCGCCAUCAGCGCAGGAAGAAGACCACUAAGAUGCUGCUGACCAUGGUGGUGGUCUUUGCUGUCAGCUGGCUGCCUUUCCAUGCGUUCCAGUUGGCUGUUGACAUCGACAGCACCGUGCUUUAUAUGAAGGACUUCAAGCUGCUUUUCACUGUGUUCCACAUUGUGGCAAUGUGCUCGACGUUUGUCAAUCCCAUCCUGUACGGGUGGAUGAACAACAACUACAGGUCGGCCUUCUUGUCUGUGUGUAAGUGUAAUAGGCCGUUCAGUUUGAGGUCAAGAUGCUCCAAAGGCAGAGACACACUAAAAAGUGAAGAAGGGAAGGUCUGCACAGACUGCAAAUCAACAAAGGUGUAA